AUGGUCACUGAAAUCUUCAUCGACAAGGCCAACCUGGUUCUCCAGGCGGCCGCCAAUCAUCCGUUCCUCGCAGUUCUGGUCUACCUGGCCGGCAUGGCAAUCUCUCCGUUCUGGCACUCUGCCAGAUUCGCCGAAUGCUGGUACCAGUUGACUGGUGGACUGCUUGGUCGGAUAUUGGUGGACGUCGCCAGCGUUGUCGCCUGGCCCAUGAAGCUUAUCAUUGCCUACAAGGCUCUAUUCUGGCGGAUGCCCCCCGGUCCACCGCCUCCAGAGGUGGACCAACCCAAAGACCUAGCGACGGAAGACGCGCGCCUCGUCAAGGAGGUUACUGAUGCUGAUGCUCAGCUUCAGCAGCACUCUGUCGAGAAUGCCGCCCUCAUCGAGGAGAUUACCAAGCUAAAGGAGAGAGCCAACUUGAAGGAGGCACAGACUGAGCAGCAUUCGGCCGAGAAUGCCCGCCUCACUGAGGAGGUCGCCAGUCUGAAGGAGAAGCUUCGGAAGUGCGAGAAGACCGUGAGGUUGAUCACUUCUUUCAAGACGAAGGUUGCAAGUGUACCUGAGCUCCGACUCUUGCGCCAUCAUAACUACCACAUCAUACCAAAGGCCGAGCAAUUCGGCAUAUUCCACGUGAGCGAAGGGAAGGUCCUCCAACCUCCCAACGAGGCCACAACGAAGCAACUGUCGCUGAGCAAGGUCAUCACCGUUGCCGACACCACCCCCGUCAUCGCUACUCCUGUUGUCUCCGACAAAGCCACGGUCAAUAUCGCUCCUGUACUCUCGUAUAGCAGCAUCUUGAUCGUCGCUGACACCGCCCCCAUCAUCGCAACUCCCGUUCUUUCCUGCACCGGAAUCCUUACUGUCACGGAUGAUGCUCCCGUCAACGUCGCUCCUCUGCUAUCUCUUACCAACGUCUUCACCGUCACCGAUAACGCCCCGACCAAUGUAGUUGCCAUUCCUUCUCCUGCUAGAGUUCUCCCCGUCACCGACAACGCACCCAUUGCCACCAUUGAGCCCGCGAUUCCUGCUUCAGGUGUGGUGUCUAUCGACGAAGAUAGUGCUCGAAAGGACGAAUUGAAUGACAACGUUCAUGAGGAGGCGCAAGACGAGGGCGAGACCGAGAAAGAAGAGAAUCAGGUCACGAAGUCUGACGAGAAGAAUGAGGUUGAGAAAGAGCAAGAGUACGAGGACGAGAACAAGACCGACGGCGAGGAUGAGCGAGACCAAGACGCAAAGAAGGACGACGACGGUGACGACGACGACAAGGACGAUCACCACGAUCUGGGCGGCGGCGGAGCAGUCUUGAUGCUCCCCGAUCAUUCCCUGUCUGCAUCUUCCACACCCGCGCCUCCAGAACAGCCCACAACUCCUGACACCAAUGUCUUGGAACAAGUCCAUACUCCCUUAACCGAGUUGCCUGUUCCCGCUCUCCCUACUCUAGCACUCAAAUCGCCUGCCACACACAAGCGCAGACUGAGUGACCCUGAGGAGCCACAGAGAUCCGGCCAUGGACCCGCCUCUUGUCCAAUCCCUACGGAAUCCUCAACCUUGCCGUCUAUCUCUUCAAGUGCUACAGUUGCGUCUGCCCUCGUUACUGCACAGCUUCCUACGUCCGGAAAUGCGCCUGGCUCUUCAGCUACAAUUGCCCCGAACGCACAGGUUGACGACAAUGAGGCGAUGGAGGUUGUCGAAACCCAGCCUAGCGACAAGACCGAGGGAUCUGAGAAAGACAACGGCUAUUUGAUGGACGGCGUUGUUGGUGAGCCCACCGUGGCAGUCGAAAGAGUCGCCGAAACUCACGACGGAUCUAUGGACGGUGUCAUUCAGCAAGCACCUCCUGUCGCUAUUGUUGGAAUCAACAAUGUCCACGGAGACGCCAUGGAAGUUAUUGAGGUUGAGACGAAUCAAGAUGCAAGAAACAUGAUAGAAGGCGUUACACGAUUCGAGACCACAACGAGAGACGACCUGGAGAUGGCCGAUGACAUCGGAUCAGCCCAAGACUUCAAUAUGCAUCAAUACGCCGACCGCGAUAUGCACGACAACUUCUCAAGCGUCACUCCUGCCGUCGAGAUCGUGGAUACGGACAUGCAGAAUGAUCCAUUCUUCGCUUACACACCUCGCCAGCCCGCGACGCAAGUCGCCAUCGACCGUGAAAUCGAGAUGGACAUUCUAGAGGAUCUUCGUCCCGAGUUGCCGGCCACUCCAGGCGAAUUCGGUCCAAUCGAUGAGAUCUUUGAUGAAACCUUGGUUGAAGCCGGUCCUUCUUCACCGCCGUUGAUUUUGUCACCGACAAUUCCAGACGAGUUUUAUGCCCAUCCUCCACCAAUGCCUCUCAGGGUGUCAUCUCCAGACCCCUUGGAUGACCUCUACUCCCUCCCUCCUUCAACCCCUCCCAGGUCGCCAUCCCCGGACCUGUUGGACGACAUUUACUCCCCCCCUCCGCCAUCUCCUCGCAGGUCUGCUCUUCCCUCGCCCCCCGUCGCUCCUGUCCACGAGCAGAACAACCAGACGCAAAUUCCGACGGGAACAGAGUCAGUGGCAGAGCCCGCUGACCGCGCAAAGGAGAAGAGGACCCAAGAGGAUGCCGUACAGACUGGUGAUACCCCCGUGUCGAGCUGGUUCUCGCAGCACCGGCAGAUUCUGCCCCUUCCCAGGAGCAACAGAGCAAACAGGUCCGAAGAGGACAUCGCAAACCAUCAACGGAGUGUGUACACAGCCAGACGCGAGUUGGAGCAGGAGGUUGAGGCGUCUGAAAGGGAAGAAGCGGCUGGUGGCGAAGACGGCCACCGGGACCGAAUUGUUCGGGUUGUGGAGAGGGCCGAACAGAACCAGUCCGAGAGCGUCUUCACGUACGGAGGGCACGCAACCAGAGAAGAGCGCCUGGCUGUCCUCCGCCUACUGACCGACAUUCUUGGGCGUCGGAAUCAGGAUGCUGGGGCCGCUAAAAAGUUCAGGAGUUGGGGGGGAGAGAGGCGCCUCAAGCUCUUGUCUAAGGAGAGGUGGCAGGACCUGCCCGGCGCCCCGGAAGAUCAGAAGACUUUCCUCACCAGACAACAGGUGAACGAUCUUCUGGGGCGUUGGAUGAGGUACCUCCUUGAAGGACUUGUCCAACAGGGUAUCGUGUACGCAGAUGAGAUGGAGGGGAUUUUGAGGGAAUGGAUGAGGAUGGUGGAGGAAGAAAGGCGGUCUCAACGGCAAUGA